AUGGACAAAUUGGCAAAUAGCGAGAAUCAGGACAGCCAGGAAACACCUGAUCCAGUUCUCGCACAAGCCGUGCAGGCCUACAUGCAAAUGAUGUCGGAGAAUCGUGCUAACUAUGCGUCCGCUGAAAAACACAACCGUGUCUAUUCCACAUCCACACGAUAUUGUCGAAUCCAAUUGCCCAGUUCCUUAUCGGGUUCAAUAUCCUCGGACGAUCAAGAUCCACGCUAUCUGUGGGGCGAUAGCUCAGACGACGAAGAUGAGGCCGAUGUAAGCAGCCUUGCUCGUGGGUCGUUGGGUGCAUCUAGUCUGUCCGAACUGGACUCCCGAUUGCAACCGGUCGACGCGUGCACUGAAUCGAUUGGACAGGAGACCGCGGAAAAUGGUCGCAUUGUUCGUUUACGGGAUUUGGGAGCGCAUCACCCGAGCCCCGGUGAUGUGACGAACGGCACGACCGGUCUGGAUCCGACCGAGUCAACUGACAACGGUCUAGGUGGCCAAUCGAUAUUGCAAUCGUCAGAUUCGGCUGUGAUGACGCCGUUCCCGACUGCAUCCGGUAAAAUCUGUGAUGCCAAUACGGACAUGUGGAAUCCUCCACAUCAUUGGAGCCAAACACCGUCCACCACUGCACCGCCCGAGAGUCUCGUGACGGUCCCACUUAUCUGA